AUAGAAGUGUUUGAAUUAGGCGGGAUUGCCCCCUCUGUGCAACACUGAACACAUACUAAAAGGUUGACUUGACAGUUCUCCAGCAGUUUUGAUUUUGACAUCCCACCACUGUCGUCAAUAUUAUUAAAAAAAUUCAAAUUAAAUUAUUUUUUCAUAUUUAUUGAAUUAAAUUUUCGCAAAUUAUAUCAUUUAAGCGAAAUCGGUUCUGAGAAGUGCAAGUAAAAAAAAAAGAAGGUAUUUCGUAACAUUACAUAAGCAUCGAUUGUUGCCAAUUUUGGUUUUUCUGAAAGAAAAAUUAAUUUUCUUUUGAAUUUUAAAAAGAAAAAAAAUGCCUUGCCCGUUUUUGACACGUUUAAGUGCUACAUAUGUGAGAAACUAUGCACCGUCGUUACUCAAAACUUAUGGAAAUCAUUGUCCAGUGGCUUCUUCAACAAUGUGCUCCAUGCCAGCGACCAAAGUUAAAGAAGUUGAUGAUAUUUUACCAUUGAAAAUCGGCGAAGAGAUUACUCAUCAAAAUGAAUCUACUGAACCACUUAUUACCUCAGCUGCAGCCAUAACUCCGGAGCCAAUUGUUCAACAACAACGGCCUAAAUUUGUAACUCCAAUUGAAACGGUUAAAUUGAAUGAGAAAGUAUCAGAAGAUUCGCAAAAAGAUGGAAUGUUCCGUUAUGAAGAAUUUUUCCACGAUCAAAUUAUGCGCAAAAAGAAGGAUCAUUCAUAUCGUGUGUUCAAAAAAGUUUUACGUUUAGCAAAUGAAGGUUCAUUUCCAAAAGCUUUAGAGUAUACGUAUGGCGAAAAACCAAUAACCGUAUGGUGUUCAAAUGAUUAUUUGGGAAUGUCCUGCCAUCCUAAAGUUAAAGAUGCCGUAAGAAAUGCGUUGGAAAAUCACGGAGCCGGAAGUGGAGGAACAAGAAACAUAUCUGGGAACUCAAUUCUGCAUGAAAAAUUAGAAAAACAAAUAGCAGAUUUGCAUCAGAAAGACGCAGCGCUUUUAUUCACAUCUUGUUAUGUCGCAAAUGAUUCCACAUUAUUUACUCUUGCUCAAGUUUUACCAGGUUGUCAUAUAUUUUCGGAUGAAGGAAAUCAUGCGUCAAUGAUUCAAGGUAUACGAAACAGUCGUGUACCCAAACAUAUUUUCCGUCACAAUGAUCCAAAGCAUUUAGAAGAAUUACUUCAAAAAGUUGAUGUAAAUACCCCAAAAAUCGUUGCCUUUGAAACUGUACAUUCCAUGUCUGGUGCUGUUUGUCCACUUGAAGAACUCUGCGAUGUAGCACACAAAUACGGUGCUCUCACAUUUGUCGACGAAGUUCACGCCGUUGGUCUAUAUGGCGACCAUGGUGCUGGUAUUGGAGAACGAGAACAUUUACUGCAUAAAAUAAACAUAGUCUCGGGUACUUUAGGAAAGGCAUUCGGGAAUAUUGGAGGAUAUAUCGCAGGAUCGAACAAACUAGUGGACAUGAUACGAUCUUACGCAUCUGGUUUCAUUUUUACUACUUCACUGCCACCUACUGUGUUAUCUGGUGCUUCAGCGGCCAUUGAAAUUCUCGCAUCGGAAGAGGGAAGAGAAUUACGUGCAAAACAUCAAUCCAAUGUACGUUAUUUGCGUAAUCAGUUGAUGAACUACGGUUUCCCGGUGGAGCAUACACCAAGCCAUAUAAUUCCAAUAAAAGUUGGUAAUCCGUUACAAUGUACUAUGAUAUCGGAUACAUUACUGAAGGAUUACGGGCAUUAUGUACAAGCUAUCAAUUAUCCGACAGUGAAACGUGGUGAUGAAAAAUUACGUUUAGCACCAACGCCUCGUCAUACACCCGAAAUGAUUGAUAUUUUGGUGCAGGAUAUGAUAAAGAUAUGGAAGAAAUUGGAUUUGCCUUUGCGAGGUCUACAAUGCCCAACGGAAUGCGAAUUUUGCCGUAAACCAUUGUUGUUCGACCAUUACGAGGAACGUGUACGCAGCAAUAAAAGUACAAGCAAUAUAAAUAUUUCAUGUAAAAUUCCAAACUGUCCUCAAUUAAUCGCCUGCGCCACAUAAUACUUAUACAAAAAGAUAACUAGUAUUUUAAAAAGCAAAACACAAUCACAAACACAAAUAAAUGGGCUAAAUUUGGUGUAUGGGGAGGGGGUAUUCCAAAGAAGAUUAACAAAAAAAUAAUUGUUGUUGGUGAAA